GGGAGUCCACUUUUGCCACUAAGUUGCCCAUUAGUAGCGCCUUUUCGGUAUAGAUGCGUUGUUACCAAGGACUCUAUUCACACCCCCGACUAUAAGCCUCCACGACUCCUAAGCACACUCCACGGGAAUAUAAUAUCCCUUCACUACACUACACAGUUCUAGGACACCAGGGCGUAUAUAUUGCAUUAUUUCGAUCUAUACGUGUUCUAUCUAGUCCUUAUUUUUGAGGGUUUCUUCUAGACUCACUGAUUUGCUCGAUGCCUCCCGUGGUUUCACCUCUUUUGAUGGCCUUACCUCGAGGUUUCCGGUCCUACUCGGAUACGGCAUCCAGCAUCGAUUCUGGCUUCUACCCUGCAAGCAGCGAGUCAGAUAUGUCUCCUCGUCGAAGUAUGAUGUCGCAGCCAGCACCUCUUUACACCACUUCCUCCAAUGGGCCUAUAAUUUAUCAACAAAGCGGGAAAAGGACGUUUCCACACCCCCGGGACUCUACGCCUAGGAACCCGCAGGCACUUGCUUGGCCCAUAGGACAAGCCGGGGCCUAUGACUAUGGUCACUCCCAGAGUGCAGUGACAACUUCUAAUGAGGAGUAUGGACGCUAUUCGCAUGCAUCCGCACAUGACGCUUUUGGGCCCAUUGGGCAGCCACCGCGUCCGGUUUCAGUCUUUGGAGAUUGGGACUCUCGCGGGCACAUAUCUACAGACUCCCUCAUGCGUGAUCAAGACUCAUCCAGAUCGCUGGAAGGAUCCGAUUACUCCGUGGAGAUAUCUAAACGACGAUCCUCUGGUAAAGGGAGGCCUCAGGUCAAAUAUUAUAACCAAAGGCGACCAUCGAACCGCGAUGAGUUUGAUGGCCCGCAUCAGCUUCUGGAUAUGCCUUCGCCUCGAACUAUAGCCGCUCAGGAGAGAGAAUUGCCUCAUCUCCCUACUAACCUUGAUAUCUCGGAGCAAGACCAAAUCCUUUGUCAAGUUAAUGAUUGCUUGUCUCAAUGUGCCUUCGAUUUCAUUGCGAAGUAUCAAUUCCCCAUUCCCGUGGAGCCGGACAAAAGACAGGUUAGGGUGCCCGCAGACCGUGAAUGGACCGAGUGGGUUUAUCUCUUGAAAAGAUUGGCCACUAAGCGUCGCAUCCCGGCCCGUGUAUUAUACAAUGGCCAGAUAAAACAGUUAGUUACUGUUCUGGAGAAUUCCUUGGAGAUGCGACAUGCUGCCAAGCACCAAUCUAGGCCGGUCAAGGACGACAGAAACGUCUUGCAACUGAUCUCGGCCGGGACUCAAGUUGCAAAGAUAUUGAAAGAUGCAACCGCAAUGGAAUACUUGGAUCGCCUAUAUAUCCAGACGGAAAUGCUUAUCCAGGAUAGACGAGCUCAUCGGGCUAAAUUUGGGACUUCCUGAGCUCAUGUUUGGACUACUGCCACCGAAUGUUCUUCCCAUGGUAACGGAUGAUACCAUCAUGGAACUUAUUACCCACUGACCUUGGACUCUUGUCUCCGACCCCUGGAUAUCCAAGGAAUUUAUACCCGAUAGGAGAUACUCCAGGCUGGGCCUUCGCCGUAGUGUCCUGAUUCCCAAACGGAAACGGAUUGGAUCAACGGCUUUCCAAAGGCUGUAUAAAGGAAGCACUUACCACAACAACAUCUACGGUCACACAAUUACAGUCCG